AUGUUUGUACACUUCUGGUCACUAGUGUGCUGGUAUUUCAGACCCAUUAUAAAAUGGUUAUUAAGGCACACAACGCGAAUGUGUGAACUUCAAAGAAUUUGUUAUGGAGAACUGUGUGGAGCACCGAGAACACUAGCUGUAGAAGAAUCCCUUAAGUUAUCUAGGAAUGCUAAUAUUAAAACUCUUAUAGUCUAUUUGAAUGAUUUUGCUGAUCAGCGUGCAAUUACAAAACAGACAAAACAAAAAAUCUUGAAGGAAGCUAUUGUGACCAUAUUGGUGACCAAGAAAAUAAAUCCAACAGCUCAUCCUGACUUUGCCAAGUCAUUUGGUAAAUGUGUAGAAUUAAUUUGGGGCUAUAGACAACUUUGUGUGGAAUGUGAAGAACUUAGAAAGACACCUUAUGAUGCUGACAAUCCAGAGCACGAGUUAUUACUGUUAAAGUUGUGGAAUUUGUUGAUGCCUUAUGAGCCUUUAGAUGCUAGAGUUACCAAACAAUGGCAACACAUUGGCUUUCAGGGAGAUGAUCCUAAAACAGAUUUCCGUGGAAUGGGAAUUUUGGGACUAGAAAAUUUAGUUUAUUUUGCUCAAGAAUAUCCCAGUGCUGCGACACAUGUGUUGUCACAUUCUACACAUCCACGUUAUGGUUAUGCAUUUGCCAUAGUUGGGAUAAAUUUAACAAGUAUGGCUCUAAGAUUGUUAAGGGAUGGAAGUGCCAAGACUCAUAUUUACAACUCUUCGAAGAGUUUUCCAACAAUUCGUGCAUUCCAUCAACUUUAUUGUUAUCUUUUCUAUGAAUUUGAUGGAUUUUGGAUUGAUUCAAAACCAAGCAAUAUGAUGGAAUUUUCGUCCAUACAAGAAAAGUUUGAGAAUAGUAUCAGAAUGGCACUAGCUGAUUCAUCUACUGUCUUUAGGAUAAAUAUAUCAGUUGAUAAUGUUUAA